AUGGCCCAACUCAGCCAAAACACCACACCACCCGAUCAUCUCAUAAAUCCAGCCAACCCCUUCUAUCUUCAUCCCGGUGAAAAUCCAGCCGUUGUUCUUGUCUCACCUCCUCUAACAGAGACCAAUUUCCAUCAAUGGCAACGCGAAAUGUUGGUAGCCCUAGAAACCAAGAACAAGGAAAGAUUCGUCAAUGGAAGUCUUCAUUGCCCUCCUAUCAACGAUCCCCUUCAUGAUGCUUGGGGACGCUCCAACCGAAUGAUUAUGUCUUGGCUGAUACGUUCGAUGACACCUUCCAUCAAGAAGUCUGUGAUGUGGAUGGAUACUGCAGUUGAAAUUUGGAACGACCUCAAAGAACGGUUUUCGCAUUCAGAUAAAUUUCGGGUGGCCGAUCUUCAAGAUCAAAUUACACAUUGUAAACAAGGUGAAUCCAGUGUAUCUGAGUAUUAUACAAGAUUAAAGAUCUUGUGGAAAGAGAUAGAAUUGUACCGGUGCGUUCUGGUUUGUACUUGUUCCACGCCAUGUUCGUGUGGUCUUCUUCCAAGAUUACAGAAAGAAAGGGAAGAUGAUUGCGUUAUCAGAUUCUUACGCGGCUUGAAUGAUGAUUACUCGCAGGUUCGUUCUCAGGUCAUGAUGAUGGACCCAAUGCCUUCCAUUAUCAAAACCUUCUCUAUGAUCUUGCAACAUGAACGGGAAUUUGUAAGCACAUCUUCCUCCACUCAAGAAUUAGUUGCUUUUUCUGUCCAAUCUAAAGAACCCCACAAGCCUAACAAUAACCCUCCCACUGGAUCUGUCAAGAAUGCCAAUUUUGGUAAAUCAAAUAGAAAAAGAGUAUGCUUAACGGAAUAA